AUGGACAUUCACAUGCUGGAACCAGAGUUGAAACAUGACGAAAUUGUUUCCAUCCUGGCUGAAGUAGUGGUUUUCGAUGACCAUCAGACAAAGCAUUGCCUCAAGACAGCCCUCAAAGGAUUGUUUUUGCGCUUCCAUGGAUCCCUUCCAGCUGACUCCACCGUAGUGCUGAUUGUAGGAGCCAAGACUUUGAUCAACCAGGGACAACCGACCCUUCAUGCUGUGGAUGACACCCGAGUUUUCCAUAGGCCUUAUGUAGGAUUGUCAGAUAUCCGCCGAGUUGUUGAAGUAUGCUCAGGUGCCGGAUUUUUGGGAAUAGGCCUCGAACAUAGUGGUUUUGAAGUGACACUCCGUUGUGACCACAACAACCGAAUGUUGCAACUUGCCAGUCAACUGCAUCCGGCCGAAGUUGUGUUAGGAGAUGUUUGCACUGAUUCAUUGCUGACUCCAAUUUGCAGCAGCCAGCCGAGAGCAGGCACACUCGCAGGUGGUGUAGCCUGUCAACCGUACUCCCGCCUGGGAGAUCAAAGACAUGGGUUGGACAACCGGUCCAUGACUCUGCCUGGAGUCCUGCGCAUUGGAUUCAUGUGCCGCUUCGGUGCCAUAGUGUUAGAGUGUGUAGCUGAAGCACACCCAUGCCCAUGGUUCCAAAUGAUCAUCCGCCAGUUUGCUCAACUCACCGGCUAUGGAAUUGCUCAAGGAGUUUGCCACUUGAACUUGCUCUGGCCAGCCAAACGCAGCCGAUGGUGGUGUAUCCUUACACACCCUGCAAUUGGCCCUGUUCAAUGGAUUCCCAUGCCUAUCACCACAGCCAAGCCAAUCGUUGCAGAUCUGCUUGACCGUUUCAAAGACUGUACAGAUGAAGAGUUGCAGCAGCUUGCACUAGAUUUGUACGAGACAGGAAGGUUUGCAGCCCAUGGUUUUGAAAACAACGAGUUGCAGUGGAGAAACCAAAUGCAGACCAGUCUCCACAGUUGUGGAAGCCAACUUUCUGGCUGCCCAUGCGGGUGCCGCAAAUUUGCAUUCCAUGAUGACAGACUGACCAAGAAAGGCCUCCAUGGGAUUUUGAUCCGCCUUGCAGGUUCUCAGACGUGCGGCAUGAACGCAUAUCCAUGUUUCAGACACAUCCAUCCGGCAGAGCUUGCACUUUUGAAUGGAAUGUUGCCGGACAUGCCAUGGGGUAAAGAUCUCAAGAUGAGUUUGUGUGCUUUGGGACAACUUGCCUCGCCCAUUCAAUCCACAUGGGCCAUGCAAGACCAUGCAGAUGACAAAGCUGAUCAACCAGAGUCGGCCAACAAGCUGUGUAGCCCAGAUGUCUCAGGUAUGUCCAGUAGUGCCGAGUCCAUGACAUCAGUCAAACGUCAUGCAUCAACCAUGUACCAAGAAGCCUCAACAGCCAACAUGCCAGCCCAAAUCAAUGGGGGAGUUUAUGGAUUCCAAAACACUCAGGUGAAGAAAUCCCGUAAGACUGAGGUUGAAGUGCCAGGAGUCUUGCAGUUCAUGCCAUGCCAGAGCACCAUGUCAGAACAUCCUGUUGGAACUCACAGAUCGCCAGGUAAUGAACUUGCCCCGACCCUAUCCCCCUGUGCCAAGCCUCUUCCACGUUUAGGGUGUGGAGGCCCCUCCCAAAUGAAGGAUGAUCACAGUACCAAAACACCCCAGGUUGGAAUGGGCCUUGAUGUCACAUCAACACCAGCGAUCAACCCGCACCAACUGGAACCUGAUGCCAAGAUCGACCAUGGACCAAGCGUCAUGACUGAGGCACUCCAAGAUACAAGACAGGACAAGCCUCUUCCACGCUUAGGGUGUGGAGGCCCUGUCAAAUCAAUUGCAAUCACUCCAUCGAACCAUGGCGGAACUUUUGAUGAUCACAUCAACCAAGCCAACCGAGAGUUUCCAAGCCUACCAGGUCAACCACCGAAAGAUGACGACCAAUCCGAAGACUCAACUUUUGCCAAGUCACUGAAAACCAGUGGGAUGCAUCCGUUUCGAGCAGACCCAAGCCCCAUUCCACCAGGGAAUGGUGUACCGGCCGUAGCAACCGCAGAUGGUAAGCCUUUGAGUGACAUUUCCCAGAUGCAGAACACUUCAGGUUUUCCGAUGCAUGAAGUUCAGCCGAAACCAUUUGAUGCCAACCUUAUGCCACCGGAUGAAAUCAACCUUGAAGAUGCCAACCAUGGAAGUAAGGACCACCGAGCCGAUGCAAUGAUCACUGAGGACAUGCCUUUGCCAGACUCCACCAUGGAAGUCUUUGUCCUGCAUGCUGAAGCCAAGUUCCCGAUCACAUACAAAGUUGCCACGGAUGCCACACCAGGCAAACUGACAGUUGCUGAGGCCAGAUUGCAGACCAUGCCACUACCCAUUGCACCAAGGUCACUAGUAGCUACUCACUUGAAGCUUGACCAACCUUUGCAUGCAGAACAGUAUGUCAUGCUACAUGAGAACCUUCCAGCAAGUGCGAAAUGUCCGUUCUUGUGUACCAAAUACUCGAACAUGCAGACGACGCUGAACCUUGGCUUGCCAUGUUCAAGAUUUGAAGCACUCUGGCGCCAACAAGGGUGGGUAGCAAAAGACGAGAUGACAUACUACCUUGAAGCUACUGAGUAUGAUGAUCAAGGAUACCCAUUUCCACCUGCGAUCUUCUUCAAUGAAACAGAUGCCAAAGAAACAGCCAAAGACUGGCUUGAAAUCGGUAUCAAUGUUCAUGCCACUGACAAACCAUGGUGCUCAGCAGCAGCAGUGGCCGCACACUGGAUCCCAUUGAUCAUUUCCCAUCAAGGAAAUGUUAUCCAGCUCAUGACCACCCCUGAAGGUACUUGCCUUAUUGGACCAGCGAGCCAAAUUGCCCAUGCUAUGGGCAAAACGAUUGAAGUGACCCAGCGCAUCUUGCCAGGAGCUUUCCCAAGUGAUUGUGGUUUCCAAGCCAUUGCAUGGUUGAUUGCCAACCUCAACAACUUUGCAGUUGAAGCCAUGUCAGCCUCCAGAGCUGCGCAAUGGAGACACCUGUUUGUCCGAGAGCUGUGCAAACGAGGAACCGGACACGAAAUCAUUCACCACCUGGACAUGGCAGGCCAUAAGCUUGAUGCACAGGAAUUGCGACAGCUCACAGAACUUCUUGCCCAACAUGGAGUGUGGCCGGAACGAGCAGCCGACAGAGCCCAUGCCUUAGCCAAUGUCAUCCCGGCCAGCAGCAUCCGUAACGUAAUUGCAUCACCCCGACCAUGGCAAGAUCUCAAAGCAGCCGCAAACGGAAUCAAACCUCAGUUCAAACUCAUCAUGCCAGAUGAGCUGAAUGCUCAGAUUGCCCAAAGAGCCAACCACCGAAAGUAUGGCAAGAAGCAACAGCAGAAGCGCUUUGAAUCCUCCAAGGAACGCGUCACAGUGUCAGCUGCCGAACUGGUUGUGCCUCAUGGAGUUUUCAAGCAACAGGACAGCACCAUUCUGGGGCCAUUGCAAGUAGGGGACAUUGGACCCAAUGCCAAAGGGGUCCUCUUGGUAGAUCAAGCAGACUGCCAAGCCACCUUGCGACUCCCAACUCCUGUCACCCAGUCAGGAUACAUGUAUCAACUUGGCUCACAAGCUGUCAUGCGUCAUGAACCAAGUGUCAAGCUGGCCAUCGAAGAACAAGCCACGGAAGCCAUGCGAUGUCUCAUCUUCAAAGACCAGGCAGGACAGCUUUGGGACCAGAUCCAACAGCACCCAGUGAAACACAUCUUUGCCACCGAACCUUUGCUUGCAGCAGUCGACAAUGUGUCACCUGUCAUAGAUGUGUGGGAUCGCCAAUGGGUUUCCAAGAAGUUCAAGAAAGUGAGACCGGCCAGUGCUGACAUUUUUGUCUUUGCCUUCCGAAUGCUUGCCGACAAAAGUGAAACGUUGCUUGCCAAGAGCGGCCAACAUGGAAUCUACUGGGAGCCUAGAACUCCAUGUGGAAGAUACCCAAGUGAUCACUUCCAUGUAACAUGGUUACCCAAUAUGACCUUUCAAGAUGCCAAGUAUGCCCAGCAGACUUCGCCACAAGCCACCACAUUGGCAAGACACGGAGACCGAUUUGGCCUUCGCAGUGACGUGAUGAAUGCUCAAGAGAUCCAUGACAAACACAAGCCCAACACUCCUCUUUUGAUGGGCCAAUCCAAGAUGCUCUAUGCAGUUGGCCCCCUGCCAUACUCAACAACCAAAGCAGCGCUGCACAAGCUCCUGAAGGCAUGGCAGUGGGAAGCCAAGCCUUUACAACCCAAAGGACGAGCUCAGGACGGCAGUGGAGUGACAUGGCACAUCCAAGCCACCGAAGAUCCUGGCCACUGGGUCUAUUCCUUGCAGCAUGGCGAUGUGCUCAUAUCCAAGAUCCAAGACACCAAGCAGGCGGCAGUUCAGAUGCCAUACUCAAUCGUCGCCUCAAAGAAAACCAUUGAGCAUCUGCAGGGACCAGACCCCUGGGCGAACUAUGAUCCAUGGCGAAAAGAUGGGCCGCCGAAUGCAGGCCAAGCCACAAAGCCAUCCAGCAGUACCCCACCAAGCCAGCCAGUAACUCAGGCACAACUUGCAGCCUGGGAAGCAAGCAUGGAGAAGAAAAUGCAAGCCUUUGUCAAACACCCUGAUGGAGAUGCUGACAUGGACUCCUCCACCAUGGAUGCGAGGAUCACCAACUUGGAGAAUCGCUUCAACCAAGUCCAACAAGCACAAGCCGGCAUGGACACCAAGGUCAGCCAGCUUCAAGUUCAGAUCGACCACCAAAGCAAGCUCCUGGGUGACAGAAUCGAUGAGAAGCUCACAGACCAGAUGGUCAAAUGGACGCAAGAACAAAUAGCACCCAUCAAGCCUAACCGCAGAGGGGACGUCCAGAACGUCCUGACCACCAGCUCUCUGCAGUAUGGCCGAUGGACCAGACAGCUUAGACGUUUGCAACACUACACAAGAUGUGCCAGCUCAGAAAGCUCCGCUACCAUCAUUGAACACCGAGCGUGCCUAUGGAGCAAGAUCCUACAAGCCAUAGGAUUUGAUGGCAAUUUCCGUACGUGGUGGGCGAAACUGCCUAAGCUGUUCAUAGACUCCCCAGUGUUUCUACCAAGCCAUCCUCCAGGGUUUGACAUUGCCAAUGCAGUUUUCCUUGAGUUCAGCAAGCAGUACAAAGCACUUGAAGCAAGCCUCACAAGAGCCAAAAUAAACCAUGCAGCGCAAAAAAGAGCCAAAGAUCCUUUACAGAUCUAUCGCGACCUCCAGCGUGAACGAGCCGAACCUGUUCAGACCAUUGUGACCACCGACACAAUCCAGAUCCAAGAAUGUCAAAAUGUUGGAGAUGGUAUGACGCAGUUGAACCUUGCAUCACCGAUUCCUCAAAAUUUGCAUAGCAUUGCCAUCAACGGAAUCCAAACUGCGGUCAGCAUCCCAGACCCUCACCAUGUAGUUGUGCCUGUAGAUGCAUCCCAAGCCUUGGAACCAGGUAUCAACAUCCAAAAGGUUGAGGCGGAAGUCACUGCAGUGCUACAUGCUUUUGAAGAAGAAUGGUCACCAAGAUGGUUCAAACCUGAACAUGAGGACGCUCAACAAUGGGAAACAAUAGUAGACUUCAUGAAGCAUGCCAUGCCACCGAGGACCACCGAGUUCCCACCAAUCACUGCCAAGCAGUUCACAAAAGCAGUCGCAGCCAAAGGAAAAUUUGCAGCCAUUGGACCAGAUGGGGUAUCAAAGCAAGAUAUCCUGCACAUGCCACCGUCAGCCAUGUCCGACCUGAUCGCUCUCAUAGAAUGCAUUGAAGCAGGGUCCCCCUGGCCGACCCAAACCGUCACGGGCCUAGUAGCAGCCUUAGCAAAGACACCGUCGGCACAAACUGUAGGUGUGGUGGACAUAGUGAAGUGUUUCAAUGCACUGCCGAGACAUCCCCUUGCGGAAAUUGCCAAACACCUGGGCCUGCCAGUGACAGUAAUGCUGUGGUCAUUUGUUGAUAACAUCGAAGCCACUGCAACUUCAGCCCAUGAAGCGGUGGCCGCACUUGAAGCACUGGGGGAAUUUUGCGAUCUGAUGGACCUAAGCAUUGACCCUUGCAAGACUUACGCCUGGAGAGUCCCAUUGGCAGACCCUGAGCUUUACAGUGUUCUUUCAACAAUCAUGGCAUUCCGUAACCAUGGAGACCCUGACCUUGCACAAUUCACGCUGCAACACCUCACCGACGGAGUGACUGACACAGAUGCCUGCCGUUUCUGCAGUAAGAAGGACAGCCUGUUUCAUAGAACUUGGGAAUGUUCCUUUUUCCAAGACAUGCGUGACGCGUUGCCUGAUUUGCCUGACCCAAGCCAGAUUCCAUCCAGCACAGCUUGCCAUGGAUGGUUACAGCAAUCGCCUGACCUUGCCCAGUUGCGCCACCUUUACAUGCGACUGCCAGAUACCACAACUGAAUUCACAGAUUGGAGAGUAAAUGAACAUCUCCAAUACCAUGAUCUGUUUUUGGAUGGAAGCUGUGUGCAUCCUUCAGAGAUAGAUACCCGAAUCGCCAGUUGGGCAAUCGUUGUUUGGGAUGGCCAAGAUUUCAAGCGCGUUGCAUGCGGCUUAGUUCCAGGGUGGAGACAGACAAGUCUGCGUGCGGAAUUGACCGCAGCAUUAGCUGCCUUAAAAUAUGCUGCCAGCCGACAAUGCCUUUGCCGCCUAUGGUUUGACAAUGAAAACGUACAAAACACGCUCCAGCAAUGGAUCCAAGGUUUUUCCACUGCAUGGGAGAAAAAGCAGGACAGUGAUUUGUGGCACCAACUUCAUGCACAGUUCAGACAUUCACAGUCGUACCUUUCUGCAGCAUAUAAAGUUCAAGCACAUGCAAAAGUGAUGGACCAGUCACAUCCACUAGAUGCGUGGGCAGUGCAAGGAAAUAUCACAGCAGACCUUUUCGCAGCAGAGGCUAGACAAAGGCUCACUCAAGAGUUUUGGACAGUUUGGGAGAAGGUACGCACCCACCAAGCUCAGACCUUGAAGAGUGGUAAAGCGCUUCAUUCACUGUUUGUCCAAAUCGGCCUUCGAGCUCAAGCGGCGACAAUCACCACACCAGUCCCAGUACCACAGACUUUGGCACAAGACACAACUGCUGACGUCGACACAGGUAUUAUGGCGCUGGCGGGAAAAGAGGUCACUGAUUUUCCAAAGCACUUACAAGUUGAUGAAACUUUUCAUAUACUGCAAUGGGUACGUACGUUGACAGCGGAAUCAAGGGGCACUACAUGGGUUUCGUACCAUCAACUCCUUGUUGACUACCAAAAACAAACGCACAGACUUGGACCAUUCACAAACGGACGGAAAUGGACAGCCAGAGGGGUGGAUGUACUUUACAACUACCCCCAACAAGUACAGAUGUUCGGAAGAUUCCUCCAAAACUUGGCCAAAGGAAUCGACAAACCUUUGCAGACUGAUCAACGUAGACCUUCAAGCACAGUUUUGGCAUUCUGGAGCGGCUGUUUACGUGUGGCAAUUGCCGAAGAAAGGCUCACAGAAGUCGACCGACACUAUAGGGGCGUAGUACAGAGCCUUCCCGUGCGACAGAUCACACGGGAUAUGGCCAAUGUACCACCAGGUUUCUUUGCAGAUUAG